AUGGGUAGUGUAAUUGCAUCUGAAUACGGAAACGAAGUUAAAAAUGUGCCAAUUGAGCAUCAAUUCAAUCCUUAUAGCGACAAUGGUGGUACAAUUUUAGGUAUUGCCGGUGAGGAUUUUGCAGUUUUGGCAGGUGAUACCAGACAUACAACUGAUUAUUCUAUAAACUCCCGUUAUGAACCAAAAGUUUUUGAUUGUGGGGAUAAUAUCGUAAUUUCUGCCAAUGGGUUUGCGGCAGAUGGUGAAGCCUUGGUUAAAAGAUUUAAAAACAGUAUUAAAUGGUAUCAUUUUGAUAAUAAUGAUAAAACACUUUCAUUAAGUUCGGCAGCAAGAAAUAUUCAGCAUUUAUUAUAUGGUAAAAGAUUUUUCCCUUAUUACGUACAUACUAUUAUUGCAGGUUUAGAUGAAGAAGGUAAAGGUGCAGUUUAUUCCUUUGAUCCAGUUGGUUCUUAUGAAAGAGAACAAUGUAGAGCAGGUGGUGCAGCAGCUUCCUUGAUUAUGCCAUUCUUAGAUAAUCAAGUUAACUUUAAAAAUCAAUAUGAACCAGACUCCGAUGGUACCGUAAAGAGACCACUAAAAUUUCUAUCGAUCGAUGAAGUAAUUAGGUUAGUAAGAGAUGCUUUCACUUCUGCUACAGAAAGACAUAUUCAUGUUGGUGAUGGUUUGGAGAUCUUGAUCGUCACAAAAGAUGGUGUAAGGAAAGAAUUUUAUGAGCUAAAAAGGGACUGA